CGCACAUACAGACACACACACACACACCGCUCUCCCCCUCACUCUUUCGCUCGCCGCGGCUCCUGCCAGUGUGUGGCUCUGUCUCUCCUCCGCUUAGCUGAGCCCUCCCUUCUUCCUCUCAGUUCCUAGAGUCCGACCGCCGCCGAGAGAGAGAGAGAGAGAGAGAGAGAGAAGAGGAGAGGAGAAGGAGGUCGGUGGCGAUGAGGGGUGGAGGGGGGACGUCGGAUCGGGAUAGUCACAGGCGGGUGGAGGUUCGGAGAGGCUUAGAGGGAGCCCGGGUGGCGGCCUGAGCCUCCCCGCGGAGCCGACCCGGGAACAGGAUCCGACGAUCUGAAGAGAGGCUGGCCAGCCGGGCAGGGGGGAGUGGCCAUAGCAAGUCCCAUCUGGUGGCCAGUGGCUGUCAUGCUUUCUACAGCACCGCUCUACAGCGGGGUGCACAACUGGACCAGUUCUGACCGGAUUCGCAUGUGUGGCAUCAACGAGGAGAGAAGAGCACCUCUUUCUGAUGAGGAGUCCACGACAGGUGACCGCCAGCACUUUGGAUCUCAGGAGUUUUGUGUCAGCAGCAGUUUUUCCAAGGUGGAGCUCACAGCAGUUGGGAGUGGCAUCGGUGCCCGGGGGGCAGACCCAGAUGGCAGUGCAACCGAAAAACUUGGGCACAAGUCAGAAGACAAGCCCAAUGACCCCCAGCCCCAGAUGGACUAUGCUGGGAAUGUGGGCGAGGCCGAGGGCCUUUUGGUGGCACUGAGCAGCCCAGGAGACGGGCUUCCUGUUGCUGACAGUACUGAGGCCAGUGACAGCAGGGCCGACGCUUCCUGGACUCCGCUCAGCACCCAGAUGAACUCGCAAGUGGACUGCUCCUCGGCCGGGGUGAAGGCUUUGGACUCGCGGCACAGUGCUGGGGAGAAGAAUACUUUCAUUUUGGCAACUCUGGGAAGUGGAGUCUCUGUGGAGGGCACCCUGCCUCUGGUCACCACUAACUUCAGCCCUCUGCCAGCCCCCCUCUGUCCCCCAGCUCCUGGUUCAGCCUCAGUGCCCCCAUCUGUUCCAGACCCAUUCCAAGUCCCUCUGUCCGUCCCCACCCCAGUGCCACAUUCUGGGCUGGUUCCUGUUCAAGUAGCCACUUCCGGGCUGGCUCCUUCCCCUCCUCUGGCGCCAGGCCCUGCCCCCCUGGCUCCAGCACCACCGUCAGUGCCCACCCUCCUCUCUGAUUCAAGCCCUCUUUCGGUUUCAGCCUCUGUCUUGGUGCCCGUGCCAGCUUCUGCUCCACCCUCAGGCCCUGGGUCCCUGCCGGCUCCAGCCCCGACCCCCCUCCCAGCCCCUGUGUCAGCACCUCCUUUGGCUCUGAUCCAGGCUCCCGUGCCCCCUACAGCUCCGACCCUGGUCCUUGCACCCGUCCCUACUCCUGUUUUGGCUCCCCUGCCAGCCUCCACCCCCCCAGCAGCUCCUGCCCCUCCAUCUGUGCCGAUGCCCACCCCGACUCCAUCCUCCGGCCCCCCAUCCACACCCACUCUUAUCCCUGCCUUUGCACCUACACCAGUGCCAGCACCCACCCCAGCCCCCAUCUUCACGCCAGCACCCACACCCAUGCCUGCUGCCACGCCAACCGCCAUCCCCACCUCUGCACCCAUCCCAGCCUCCUUCAGCUUGAGCCGAGUGUGUUUUCCUGCAGCUCAGACACCAGCUAUGCAGAAAGUCCCCCUGUCCUUCCAGCCCGGGACCGUGCUGACUCCAAGCCAGCCGCUGGUCUACAUCCCACCUCCAAGCUGUGGGCAGCCGCUCAGUGUGGCCACACUGCCCACCACCCUGGGGGUCUCCUCCACACUCACGCUCCCGGUCCUGCCAUCGUACCUGCAGGACAGGUGUCUUCCCGGCGUGCUGGCCUCCCCGGAGCUCCGCUCUUACCCGUAUGCAUUCUCUGUGGCCCGGCCUCUGCCUUCUGACUCUAAGCUGGUCUCCUUGGAGGUGAACAGGCUUCCCUGCACAUCCCCGCCCAGCAGCACCAGCACCCAGCCUGCUCCUGAUGGGGUCCCGGGGCCUUUGGCAGAUGCCUCCCUGUCCACCACCUCUGCCAAGGUGCUCCCUCCUCCCCAGCCUCUGCUGCCAGCCCCCACUGUGAGCUCGGCCCCAUCACACCCCGCCAAGAUGCCUGGGGGGCCUGAGCAGCAAGCAGAAGGCGCUUCAGUCACCUUCUCUCCCCUCAAGUCGCCACCCCAAUUGGAGCGAGAGAUGGCCUCUCCCCCCGAGUGCAGCGAGAUGCCCCUUGACCUCUCCUCCAAGUCCAACCGCCAGAAACUUCCAUUGCCGAACCAGCGCAAGACACCCCCCAUGCCUGUCCUGACCCCCGUGCACACCAGCAGCAAGGCCCUCCUCUCCACUGUCCUGUCCAGGUCCCAGCGCACGACCCAGGCUGCUGCCAGCAACGUCACUUCCUGCCUGGGCUCCACCUCAUCCCCCCUCGUCAUCUUCCCCGAGAUCGUGCGGAAUGGAGACCCAAGCACCUGGGUGAAGAACUCAACGGCUCUCAUUAGCACCAUCCCCGGCACCUACGUGGGGGUGGCUAACCCUGUGCCUGCCUCCCUUCUGCUCAACAAAGACCCCAAUCUAGGCCUCAACCGAGAUCCGCGCCACCUCCCCAAGCAAGAACCCAUCUCCAUCAUUGAUCAAGGAGAGCCCAAGAGCACCACGGCACCCUGUAGCAAGAAGGGCAGUCAGACUGGCACAGACGGGCAGCCAAGCACAGUCAAACGCUACACCCCAACCCGCAUUGCCCCCGGGCUGCCGGGGUGCCAAUCCAAGGAACUCUCUCCAUGGAAGCCUGCAGGGCCGGCAAAUAUCUACCCACGGUGCUCAGUCAACGGGAAACCCACCAGCACCCAGGUCCUGCCCGUUGGCUGGUCACCAUACCAUCAAGCGUCUCUGCUUUCCAUUGGCAUUUCCAGUGCCGGGCAGCUGACCCCCAGCCAGGGGGUGCCCACCAGGCCCACCAGCGUUGUUUCUGAAUUUUCUAAUGUGUCGUCUCUUGGCCCCAGUGAAGUGGUGCAUGGACUUCCAGAGGGCCAGCCGAGACCCGGGGGUCCCUUCCCUCCAGAGCAGGACACUGGCACAAAGAACAAAACUUGCCGGAUUGCUGCCAAGCCUUAUGAAGAACAAGUCAACCCUGUCCUCUUGACUCUCAGCCCACAGACAGGGACCCUGGCCCUGUCCGUCCAGCCCAACACUGGGGACAGAAGAGUGAACCAGGGGCCUGAGGAAUCCGAGAGCCACCUCAGCCCUGACAGCAGUCCAAAAGUGGAAGGCCUCCAGGGGGGCUGUGGCUUGAAGCUGGCAGGAGACACCAAGCCCAAGAACCAAGUGCUGGCCACCUACAUGUCUCAUGAGCUGGUCCUGGCCACUCCCCAGAACCUUCGCAAGAUGCCCGAGCUGCCUUUGCUACCUCAUGACAACCGCCCCAAGGAGCUCAUCUUGGAUGUGGUCCCAAGCAGCAAGAGGGGCUCCGGCACAGAGCUCUCACAGCUGGGGAGCCAGGUGGACCUGGGGCGGGUAAAAAUGGAGAAGGUGGACGGUGAUGUCGUCUUCAAUCUAGCCACCUGCUUCCGGGCCGAUGGCCUCCCAGUGGCUCCCCAGCACAGCCAGGCUGAAGUGCAGAGUAAGACCAGCCAGGCCCGAGUGAAACAAGAAAGUGGUGGCGCCUUUCCUUGUAAGAACAAAUGGCAGCCAGACUCGGGGGUGACUGACGGGGGAACUGAAACUCUGCCAUCCAAGAAAAUGAAGUGCAGCAAAGAGAAAGAGAAGGAAGGCGAGGAGCCACAGCCCCAAGCUAAGGUCACAGGCCGGACUUCCCACGGACCCAAAUGCCGGAAGUCGCCUGGUGACCCCCAGGAACCCACCAAGAAAAUCCCCAGGGGGACUCCAGAUUCAGGAAAAGAGCACAAUGGAGUCAGGGUAAAGCACAAGCACCGGAAGCUGACAAAGCCUGAGUCCCAGUCUCCAGGAAAACCAGCCGAAGGCCAUGAGGAAGGUUCCUUGGAAAAGAAAGCCAAGAGCAGUUUCCGUGACUUUAUUCCAGUGGUUCUGAGCACCCGGACACGCAGCCAGUCUGGAAGCAUCUGUAGCCCCUUUGCUGCUAUGGCAGACAAUGACAUGGGAAGCCAGGAAGUCUUUCCCACAGAAGAGGAAGAGGAGGUGACUCCUAACCCGGCUAAGCGUCUAAAGGUGAGAAAGGCCCAGCAGGACACCCAGUAUCGCAGCCACCAUGCCCAGGACAAGACUCUGCUGAGCCAGGGCCGCAGACACUUGUGGCGAACUCGAGAAAUGCCCUGGACGACAGAAGCUGCCCGGCAAUUAUGGGACACCAAUGAGGAGGAGGAGGAGGAAGAUGAGGAGGAGGGCCUGGUGAAGAGGAAGAAACGGAGACGGCAGAAGAGCCGAAAAUAUCAUACUGGAGAGUACCUGACUGAGCAAGAAGAAGAGCAGCGACGGAAGGGGAGAGCAGAUUUAAAGGCACGUAAGCAGAAGACUUCCUCCCAAAGUUCCGCGGAACACCGCCUCAGGAACAGGAGCCUUCCUCUCCCCAGCAAAGCCCAGGGCCUCUCAGAUUCACCCAACGGUUUCCUCCCAAGUAAUCUGGAGGAGCCAGCUUGCCUUGGCAAUUCAGAAAAGCCAUCAGGAAAACGCAAGUGCAAGACCAAGCACAUGGUGACCGCCUCGGAAGAGACAAAGGGCAAAGGGCGUUGGAGCCAGCAGAGGACACGCUCUCCCAAAUCCCCUACCCCUAUGAAACCCACGGAACCCUGCACACCUUCAAAGUCCAGAAAUGCGGGCCCCGAGGAGGCCUCUGAGUCCCCAACAGCCCGGCAGAUCCCCCCGGAAGCACGGCGACUCAUCGUGAACAAAAACGCUGGUGAGACCCUUUUGCAGCGAGCAGCUCGUCUUGGCUAUAAGGAUGUUGUACUCUACUGCCUUCAGAAAGAUAGCGAGGAUGUGAAUCACCGUGACAACGCGGGCUACACAGCCCUGCAUGAGGCCUGCUCUCGAGGCUGGACCGACAUCCUGAACAUCCUGCUGGAACACGGGGCCAACGUGAACUGCAGUGCACAGGAUGGCACAAGGCCUGUUCAUGACGCCGUGGUCAAUGACAACCUGGAGACCAUGUGGCUCUUACUGUCCUAUGGGGCUGACCCCACACUGGCCACCUACUCGGGACAGACGGCCAUGAAGCUGGCCAGCAGCGACACCAUGAAACGCUUUCUCAGUGAUCACCUUUCCGAUCUUCAGGGCCGGGCAGAGGGUGAUCCCGGUGUGUCCUGGGAUUUUUACAGCAGUUCUGUGUUGGAGGAAAAGGAUGGGUUUGCCUGUGACCUCCUGCACAAUCCCCCCGGGAACUCUGACCAUGAAGGCAACGACGAGGAAGACGAUGAUUUCAUGUUUGAGCUCUCUGACAAGCCUCUUCUCCCUUGCUACAACCUCCAAGUGUCAGUGUCUCGCGGGCCCUGUAACUGGUUCCUCUUUACCGACGUCCUGAAGAGGCUGAAGCUGUCUUCCCGAAUCUUUCAGGCUCGCUUCCCGCACUUUGAAAUCGCCACCCUGCCCAAGGCUGAGUUUUUCCGACAGGUGGCCUCCAGUCAGCUGCUGACCCCCAGCGAGUGGCCUGGGGGCUUGGACACCAGGUCAGCAGCCCCGGGCUCCUCUGAGACUGUGGAGCUGGUGCGGUAUGAGCCAGAGCUGAUCCGGCUCCUGGGGUCGGAGGUGGAGUUCCAGUCUUGGAACAGUUGACCGGGGGCCUGAAGAAAGAGCCCCCCUCCUCCCUGUUCUUCUUGCUCCUCUCCUUCAGCCCACCUCCCCCCCUGCCUCCCACAUCUCGCCCCUGCCGAGCACCAAACUGCAGAAUGAGGCAAUAAUUUGGACCAACAAGAAGCCGCCUUCUCAACGCCAGCAUUCGUGAAUGACUGGGUUUCCCUUCUGGUCACACUUGCUUCGUUCUCUCUUGCAUUCUCGGCUGGUGAUGAGGAUGGAACUCAUCUGAGGACCCGAGGUCCCCUGGGGGGAUGGAGUGUGUGAGGUGGUACUAGGGUACCUGGGCCCUAGCCAGAGAAGAAUAGAGAAAACAAAACCCCCAAAUUUCUAAGCCCCUCCUUUUUCAUUCCCCUGUAUUCUCCCAGUCUUCCAUAGUAUUUAUUUUAUUAGUAUUUAAUUUGUGUUGUUUCAUUGGUUUCUGAUAAGUCUGUAUCACUGUGAUGAUUUGAGAUGACUUGUUGUAUCGAGGGUCUUUCUUCAGCCCACUUUCUGUUUUUGUUUUUUUCUUUGAUAAGCUCUGGAGCUGCCUCCCCACCCCCCAAAAAAAAAUCCUUCCCAGUUUUUUUUCUUCUGCUGGGGAGGAGCUGGGAGGGGUGGGGGCCAUGGUUUGUGACUGAUGAAGUUGGUUGGUGCUGGUCCAGGGCUUUGGGGGCAAAUCCUGAGGCUUUGGUGCUCCCUAACCCCCCCCCCCAUUUCCCCUUAUUUCACCCCCAACCUUUGCGGCAGCCUCAUGAAGUGGAGUUGUGUGUGUGUGUGUGUGUGUGUGUGUGUGUAUGUGUGUGUGUUGUGUGUGUUCUUUUUUUAAUCCAGGAGGGAGGUAUGGACAAAGGGAGCAGGGGUUAAUGAAUUGUUCUAACAGAGGAGAGCUGACACCCCCUAACUUGAAGGGUAAGAUGGCCCCCUCAUGUUCCUUACUGUCCCCUUCAGAGUACACACAGUAUGGAUUUGUUCUCACAUCAACCCCCCUCCCCUGCUGCACCCCCAGUCACCCCACCCGCCCUCUGCAGGCCUCACCCAUUCUGGAUAAUGAGGCUCUCAGCUCAGGAGCCAUGGCCCCCCACUUAACGCACACCACCACCUCUCCCUUCUUCAGCACCCCCUUUGCUCUCCUACCCCUGCCAUCCCCGCACCACCAUCCCACCCCCCCACCCCCCACCCGCUCCUCCGGAGUUGAUGGCACUGGGGUUGACUGCCAGAUGUGAACUACAGGCCCCAGCUGUUUCCUAGGCAAGGGCAGGAGACGGGGUCCUAGCCCCACUCUCGCCUGAGGAAUCACCAUUGGGGUACAGAGUUGCCAGGCCACUCUCCUGCCUCCCCACCCCACCCCAGGGCUGCCAGGGCUGGGUUUGUUCAGGGAGAGCCCAGGCUGCUUCCUGUCCCCACCCCUCGGUGGCAUCCUCUUUCCCACUCUUGUCCUUAUUUUUCUACCAAUGGCUAUUUUUCCGAACAAUCCUUGUAGAAAGUAUGUACCAUCCAAAGGCAGAGGGCCGCCUUCCCCUGGCCGGCUCUGGGCAGAGAUGGUACAGUUUUAUUGUACAGGUGCUAAAACAAAAACAAUGAAAGAAGAAAAUGGGGGGGGGGUAAAGACACACACACACACACAAAAGGCAAAAAAAGCCAGUUUGAGGAUGGGACAAUCUGUUCUCUGGAGACUCCUGCCCCAUGCGCAGGAGUGUUGGUGGUUAUUUUCUUUGUAUUGUGUUUGUUCUUUGUUGGGGGGGAGUUUCAGACCCCCUUCUGUAGGACUGCACCCACCCCUCACCAUACUGCCCAGUUGGUUUUGAACAGUUGUUCUCCCCCUUUUUUAAAAAAAACAAAAUAUAUAUUAUAUAUAUAUAUAAAGUCUGAGGGGUUCUGGGUUUUGAUUCUUUGGUUCUGUGGGGGUUCCUGGUAUUGUGUGGUUUGUGUUCCGUUUGCCUUCCCCGUUUUGCAUUCGGGUGUGUAUUUCUGGCUGCCCUCUAUGUUUCACUGGAAGCAACUGGCUGUGGAGUCAAAAACACUUGCAUACUGAAAAACCCGUCUCAGGGCUCCUGUCUCCUGUCUCUCCUUCCUCUUCUGGAGGGUGGGGGGGGAGGGGGUUCUCGGUGCGUACAGAAGCCAGGAGCAGAGUGAGGCUUUGGGGGUGCAGUGCAUGACCUGUGCCCAUUCGUCCCCACUCCACUGGAGCAACAUCUGGAAAGGCAGGGCAACGGUGGCUCCUGGCAUUUGACCAGGGGCAUGGGGCUUCCAGUAUCUGCCCUGGUCUAGCGUGUGAGCUCCUGUCCCCAUUCCUUAUUCGCUUUUCACUGCCAGAGUGGAGGGAGCAGCCCUGUGUCAGGUGGCUCCAUGAAGCCGCCUACCCAUUGUGGCUCGCCCUACCCAGCCCACCCACGUGGGCACCUGAUCACUGGCCUCUGGUGCCUGUGACUUCCAGAGAUCCAUCCAGCCCCUGCGGGGGCAAGAUGCCCACCCUGGAAUGUGCUGGUUCUCUCCCCACUUGUGGGAAACAGCUGUGAGAAGCUGUGAUGCCUCCUGGGGGCUCCAGAAUGCACCUGUUACUAUUGGUCACUAGGCUGAGGAUGGGCUCCUUUGUUUUCAGACAAAGACAGACAUGCAGGGUGGAGGGGGAAGGAAAGAGUCCACAGCACCAAGGCCUCCUCCAGUGUGAUGGGGGCUGGGCUUGAACCUGGGGAACGCCCAUGACAAAGCAGUGUGCUAUCUAAGUGGACUAUGUCACCCACCUCUGACAUGGAAGACUAUAAACACAUUUCACUGCCA